AUGGCGUACAUUCAGUUGGAACCUUUAAACGAGGGUUUUCUUUCUAGAGUCUCCGAUCUGCUGCUCUGCAGAUGGACUUGCCGGCACUGCUGUCAGAAGUGCUAUGAAUCCAGCUGUUGCCAGUCGAGUGAGGAUGAAGUUGAAAUUCUGGGACCUUUCCCUGCCCAGACUCCUCCCUGGCUGUUGACCAGCCGGAGCAGUGACAAGGACGGGGACUCUGUCCACACAGCCAGUGAAGUCCCACUGACCCCACGGACCAACUCCCCAGAUCGGAGAUGCUCGUCUUCAGACACAUCUAAGUCUACGUACAGCCUGACCCGGAGGAUUUCAAGUCUCGAGUCCAGACGACCCAGCUCCCCGCUCAUCGAUAUUAAACCCAUCGAGUUCGGUGUUCUCAGCGCCAAGAAGGAGCCCAUCCAGCCCUCGGUGCUCAGACGGACCUACACCCCGGAUGACUAUUUCAGAAAGUUCGAGCCCCACCUGUACUCCCUCGGCUCCAACAGCGACGACGUGGACUUUCUGACGGACGCAGAGAUCCUGUCCAAGUACCAGCUGGGCAUGCUGCACUUCAGCACCCAGUACGACCUGCUGCACAACCACCUGACGGUGCGCGUGAUCGAGGCCAGGGACCUGCCACCUCCCAUCUCCCAGGACGGCACGCGGCAGGACAUGGCGCGCUCCAACCCCUACGUCAAGAUCUGCCUCCUGCCGGACCAGAAGAACUCCAAGCAGACCGGGGUCAAACGCAAGACCCAGAAGCCCGUGUUCGAGGAGCGCUACACCUUCGAGAUCCCCUUCCUGGAGGCUCAGAGGAGGACCCUGCUCCUGACUGUGCUGGACUUUGAUAAGUUCUCACGCCACUGUGUCAUCGGCAAGGUGGCCGUGCCUCUGUGCGAGGUCGACUUGGUGAAAGGCGGACACUGGUGGAAGGCGCUCAUUCCCAGUUCUCAGAAUGAGGUAGAACUGGGGGAGCUGCUUCUGUCACUGAAUUAUCUCCCGAGUGCUGGGAGACUGAACGUUGAUGUCAUUCGAGCCAAGCAACUUCUUCAGACAGAUGUGAGCCAAGGUUCAGAUCCCUUUGUGAAAAUCCAGCUGGUACAUGGACUCAAGCUUGUGAAAACAAAGAAGACAUCCUUCUUAAGAGGCACAAUUGACCCUUUCUACAAUGAAUCCUUCAGCUUCAAAGUUCCCCAAGAAGAACUGGAAAAUGCUAGCCUAGUGUUUACAGUGUUCGGCCACAACAUGAAGAGCAGCAACGACUUCAUCGGGAGGAUCGUCAUCGGCCAGUACUCUUCGGGCCCCUCAGAAUCCAACCACUGGCGGCGGAUGCUCAGUGCCCACCGCACGGCCGUAGAGCAAUGGCACAGCCUGCGGUCCCGGGCUGAGUGUGACCGUGUGUCCCCUGCCUCGCUGGAGGUGACCUGAGGGCUGCGGGGAAGGCAGCUUUCAUUUGUGAAAAAAGAAAGAAAACUUAGGACAAAAAAAUAUGCCAUAUAUGUAUACUAUUACGUCCACACCUGCACACGCACUCACACACACACACACACACACACACACACACACACACACCUCUCAGAACUGAAAGGAAGCUAUUGAUCACAAACUGGCCACCCUCAAGGAGCGAAGCCUGAGAACUUUCCAGAAGUCCCAUCCAUAGGUCAUGAGCUGAGUAGGCUCUGCUCUGAGACUUAUGGGUAGUGCUUGCUCUUGUGGGUCUCCCUGCCCCAAAAUG